CAUAAAUAUUGCAGCGCCGCUGUCAGCGAAUCAAACCAGGGCAGCCAAAAUGACGCCAUCCCCUUCACGCGUCGCCAGCAUCAUGCUCUCCUGGCACUCGCUCGAGCUCGUGUCAUGUUCAACCCUCCAAACGCUGUGGGCAGGGUACGGCCACAUCUGCGCUAUCUCCGCCCGCGCCACCACCUCCGAGGCCGCCGCCCAUCUCGCCCAGCUCUGCGGGGUGGACUCAAAAGGCGCCGGGGGCACCUACCCGCUUAUCCUGAAGCUCAUCUCCCCGCCGAGCAAGAAGGCCCGCACCGAGGAUGAGGGCCACCUGCGCAAGAUGCUGAGCUACGAGGUCGAACAGUGCUUCUACAGCGAGGUGGUGCCGCGGCUGGGCGACGAGAUCGGCGUGGCCAAGUGUCUGGCCUCGACCCGCGAUAUGGCCGGUAGGCCUGGCGAGGAUGAGCUCCGGGGCCUCAUGGCCACCGUCAUGGUGGAUCUGCGGCCCGCGUACCCGGUGGCCGGGGGCAAGAGGAGCUCUCUGAGCAGUACGCAGGUGCGCGCGGCGUUGGACUGGCUGGCUGGGUUUCACGGUCGCUCGCGGGCGUUGUUGCCGGGUAGCAGGGAUGAAUUGGUUCUGCCGCCGCUUGAGGAAGCUAAAAGGAGGCAGAGCAGGAAUGAAAAAGGUGGCAGGGGAUUGUGGCUGAAUGGUGGGUAUACGUACCUUGCUACCCGGCGGAAAGAGUAUGCUUCGCUUGUCGAUGAUACGGACUCAGAGUGGUCCGAGGCGCUGUGCAGCGCACCCGAAGGCUUCUCCUUGUCUGUGGCUGAGAUGGUGGCGUUGGUGUUGACGCCUUCUGGGAGGCCGAUCGAGUCCUAUAUCCAUGGGGACGUUAAGUCGGAGAACCUGUUCACGUCGGCCAGUGGAGAGUGGGUCGCGUUCUUUGACUUCCAGUACGUCGGCCUGGGUCUCGGGGUGUGUGAUCUCGCCAAGCUGUUUACGUGCUCGGUCCCUCUCGAGAUGCUGGUCGAGGACGAGAACUAUUUGCCCGAGCAGUUGCCGAUGCAGCAUGGAGAGAGAAGCCUGCUGGAGGCGUAUCGCGCGGCGCUCCUCCAGGAACAGGAGUCGGACGUGUAUCCAUGGGAGACAUUUCGACGACACUGGGAGACGGCACUUGUGGACUGGUGCAGGUUUCAAGCCUCGUGGGGGUUCUGGGGAAAUACAGAGUGGCUGGAGGCCCGCGUAAGAUCGAUCCUCGGCGAUCAGGGAUGGAGGGACUGGCUGUAUCAGGAAGUCAGUUUUAGAAGUGGUUCGUGAUGAAGGGGGUGGAGCAGAGCAGGGCUCAGCUCAAUGCGUUUUACUGUUUAAUCUUAGAUCCCCGAGUCAAACUAGAGAUUCGAAGUUUUAGUCCAGACCAGCAUUUUGUGGGCUGUCAGCCAGUCGUCGAUAGAGGUUGGUUGGCUGGACUACUGCUAAGAUGUGCGGAUCAUAUAGCCAG